UCGGAUGUUCCAUAAUGCCAUUUAAUGUCUUCUCUUCUCACUACAAACUUAGUGGAAUCAUCUAAUCAGAAUUUGAAAAUAAUCUGCACCGGAAUAUAGAGUCCUUUUUAGUCUCGAUUACUGAAGGGAAUGCGAGACUAAGCCUUGACUUAACCCCGAGUCACCCAUCCAGUCAACGAUAUUUUACAUGAAGUUCACAUUAUCAAGAACGUGUGAAUCCCGACAGUUCGGUCACCUAUAUAGGCGAGAGUUGAAGGGUGUUUAGCAGUCUGAACACCACAACAACACCACAACAUGGCUGCCUGUCCCACUGUCACUCUAUCCUCUGGUUACAAAAUGCCGGUACUUGGCCUUGGCACCUACAACAACUUCGAGAAUACCGAGGCUGUGUGUGAGUCGGUGAAGGCGGCUGUGGAUACUGGGUACCGCUUCAUCGACACGGCCUGGGUCUACCGGACUGAGCCCGCUGUGGGCAGAGCACUCCGCCAGAAAAUAGAGGACGGUGUGGUGAAGCGUGACGACCUCUUCAUCUGUUCCAAGCUCUGGAACGAUCGACAUGGAGACGUGGAAGAAUCGUUGAUGGAGUCGCUGAAUGACCUGGGACUGAGCUACCUUGACCUCUACUUAAUGCACUUUCCAGUGUCCUUUAAGCACCAUGCACGAAUUCAAAAAGCUGAAGAUGCGUUUGCAACGUUCGAACCCGGACACGUCGACUUUCUGGACACCUGGCGGGACAUGGAGAAACUGGUGGACAAGGGACUUGUUCGAAGCAUCGGACUGUCGAAUUUUACCAUUCCUCAGAUCACUCGCAUCUUGAAAGACCCCGGUCUCCGCCAUAAGCCGGCAUAUCUACAGGUUGAGGUCCAUCCUUACUUCAGAAACAGCGAGCUCGUGGACUUCUGCAAGCAGCAAGGAAUUGUUGUCACUGCCUACGCGCCUAUAGGACGAGCUGGCACUGACUACGGACUGGCUCCAAUUGACAAUGUUCUGCAAGAUCCUGUAAUAAAUAAAAUCAGUGCAAAGUACAGGAAGACACCUGCACAGGUGGCGCUGCGCUGGAAUAUACAGAGAGGUCUGACGGCGGUGGUCAAAAGUCUGACUCCUGCUCGCAUUCAGAGUAACUUGCAGAUCUUUGACUUCGAACUCACCUCCGAGGAAAUGGCGGCCAUAGCGGCCCUGGACCGUGGACUCCGCCUGUGUGCAUUUCCAACGUGGAAAAACAUACCCGAAUAUCCGUUCUAACAGGAGGGUUUACUUCAGUGUGUCACUAGUAAAUGACACGGGAGCAAAGAGAAACUGUGGAUUUGUAUUCUUAUGUGUAAAACGCCAGUAGCUCAAUAGUCGAUAAAAUAUACUUGUUAUAAGAAAAUAUUUGUAGACAGUGAUUACAGUUAACAGAUUUACUCCUCCUCUCACCUUCACGACUGUAAAACUAAGUUUUCCUUUUCCUCAAUAUCAACUACUUGAAUUUA